AUGAAUAACUCAACAAACAUAAGCCAUUUGGAGGGUGUGAUGGCCCUGGGGAGUCCUUAUAAAACUGUUGAAGUAGUCUUCAUCGUCCUGGUGGCUGGGUCCCUCAGCCUAGUGACCAUCAUUGGGAACAUCCUGGUUAUGGUGUCCAUUAAAGUCAACAGGCACCUGCAGACUGUCAACAAUUACUUUCUUUUCAGCUUGGCAUGUGCUGACUUGAUCAUUGGUGUCUUUUCCAUGAACCUGUACACGCUUUACACUGUGAUUGACUAUUGGCCACUUGGACCUGUGGUUUGUGACUUGUGGCUGGCACUGGAUUACGUGGUCAGCAAUGCCUCCGUCAUGAACCUUCUCAUUAUCAGUUUCGACCGAUAUUUUUGUGUCACCAAGCCUCUGACUUACCCUGUUAAGCGGACCACUAAGAUGGCAGGUAUGAUGAUCGCAGCUGCAUGGGUGAUGUCUUUCAUCUUGUGGGCACCUGCAAUUCUUUUUUGGCAGUUCAUUGUAGGCGCACGGACCGUCCCUGAUGGGGAAUGCUACAUUCAGUUCCUGUCCAAUACUGCUGUCACCUUUGGCACAGCGAUUGCUGCUUUCUACCUUCCUGUUAUCAUCAUGACUAUUCUCUACUGGCAAAUAUCUCGAGCCAGUAAGAGCAGGAUUAAAAAAGACAAAAAGGAGGGUGGGCAAAACCAGGAGCCAGUUUCUCCAAGCUUAGUCCAAGGGAAAAUAGUAAAACCAAACAAUAACAACAUCCCAACUAAUGAAGAUGGGAUAGAACAUAGUAAAAUUCAGAAUGGUAAAGCCACUGGGGAAUCAGUGAUGGAAAAUUGUGUUAAUGCAGAGGAGAAGGAAAGCUCUAAUGACUCCACCUCUGUCAGCGCUGUAGCUUCCAAUGUGAAAGAGGAUGAACCCAUCAAAGAGGACACUAGGGCUUCUGUCUCCCAAGUCAAUGCCAAAGUGGAGAACUCCAAAUUGACGUGCAUUAGAAUACUCACCAAGUCCCCUAAAGGUGACUGUGGUGGCUCUGCCAAUACCACAGUGGAGAUUGUAGGUCCCGAUGGUCAAAAUGGAGAUGAGAAGCAGAACAUGGUAGCACGUAAGAUUGUCAAGAUGACGAAGCAGCCUGCCAAAAAGAAGGCACCUCCUUCCAGGGAGAAAAAAGUGACCAGGACUAUCUUGGCUAUUCUCCUGGCCUUCAUCAUUACCUGGACACCGUACAAUGUCAUGGUCCUCAUCAACAGCUUCUGUUCAUCUUGUAUCCCCAACACAGUAUGGACGAUUGGUUACUGGCUGUGCUAUAUCAACAGCACCAUCAACCCUGCCUGCUAUGCGCUCUGCAAUGCUACCUUCAAGAAAACAUUUAAACACCUCCUUAUGUGUCAUUACAAGAACAUAGGAGCCACAAGGUAA